AUGAGCAAUUCAAGUCCCAAAGAGCAGAACGCUGCCGCAGACUUGCAGUCCUUCAGGAAUGGAGAGCCCUCCUUAACUUAUACUUCAAACCAUGACAAUGACGAUGCAGAUGAAUCUGCCAUCAUUGACGAUGACGAAGAUGAGGAGGCACACCAACAAGAAGGAAACACCCAAAACCAAGGGGAGCAGUCACCCGUCCGACAACAACAGGACACAGCAUCGUUAGAUUCUUUCUCUAGUCAACCAAGCUUAUUUGUUCGAUUCAUAAGAUCCACUUUUGGGUUCAGGAAGACUACCUUGACCCUUGCAGUAGUCCUUUCUUAUCUCUUCGUUAUAUUGGUCAAUGCAGCAUUUGAGAAACAGAGCCUUGUCAUUGAGUCACCCGAGCCCGCUAUUCUCACUAAAGCAUGGACAGAUUUACAGGUCAUAUCCAAAGACAUCCAUCCGUUCGACUCCAAAGCCAACGAUGAAGUGCACGAUUACAUUUUAGAGAGAACCAGAAGUAUUGCUGCUACAAAACCUUACAUUGAAGCCAGAGGGGAUAAUAGCACUGUCAUGUUCAACCAGCCAGAUUUAUUCAAUAGCUCUUCAUCAACGAACAGGAUAAUCUAUUUUGAGAGUACAAAUGUAUUGGUGCGUGUCAAGGGAACUGACCCUUCUCUAGAGGCAUUGCUAAUCAGUGCUCACUAUGAUUCAGUAUCUACCAGCUAUGGAACUACAGAUGAUGGAAUGGGUAUUGCAUCCAUGCUGGGAAUUUUGGAACAUCUGGCUGAUAAGAAAACUGAACGCCCAAAGAGAGAUAUUAUCUUUAAUUUUAACAAUCACGAGGAAAUUGGCCUCUUGGGAGCUUCUGUGUUCUUUGAACACCCAUGGAGCGACAAGGUGAAAUAUUUUGUCAACCUUGAAGGAACUGGUACUGGAGGAAGAGCUGUCUUGUUCAGAGCUACUGAUACUGGAAUUAUUAGUCACUACAGCAAUGUGAGGUCCCCAUUUGCUAAUUCUUUCCUGCAACAAGCUUUCAACGGUGGCAUGAUUCAUAGUGAAACUGACUAUAGGGUGUACGCAGAGCAUGGCCUGCGAGGAGUUGAUAUUGCUUUCUACAGACCAAGAAGUUUGUAUCACACUCGUAGAGAUUCGAUCAAAGGUGCAAAUAGAGAGUCUUUAUGGCACAUGGAGUCAAACGCGUUGGAUCUUGUUUUAGAUUUGGGAUACAAUAGUAUCGAUGAGGACUUAUCACCCAGCAUAUUUUUUGAUGUCUUGGGGCAGCAAUUUGUUUACUUCUCGCUUGACAAUCUUUACAUUCUUAAUAUAAGCCUGUUGGUGUUAAUUCCAGUCUUAUCUAUUGUUUUGUUACUGAUUGUGAAGAAGAGACACACAUGGCACAUUUAUUCGACAAGAGGGUGGCUUAGAUUCCCUAUAACUACUGUGUUUUCAAUAACAUUUGUGACUCUUGUCGGUAGAUUCUUUUUGUUCCAUGAUGCCAUGAUUAUAUCGAGAAACUGGUUCACCCCAUUAAUUGCCUUGACGAGUCUCUUCCUGAUUGUUAGUUACAUCGGACUUAACUUUGCUAACUGGGUAGUACCAAUCCAUGAUCAAAAACUGGCGAUUCUACUCGAGUUAAACUCAUUGCUUUGGAUAGCUACUCUAUGGGCAACGGUGGAGAUCAAGAGAUAUUCGAACGUGGGGAACUAUGCUAUUACUAUUUACUACAUUUUGGCUUCGCUCUCCUCAUUAUUUGGGCUACUAGCUUUAGCUCUGAAACCAAGACAACGUAUUGAACUUCCUGAAGAUUUGGACGAAGAAGGAGAUAAUACGAGGGGUGUUCAACAGCGUCUAAAAGAGGCUGCCUUGAAGUCAUUUAGUUAUGACUGGUCCAUCCAAUUUUUACUCCUGGUACCAAUAUGGUUACUUGUAACUUAUUCCUUUGGUGGACUGGGGUUGGAGGCUAUUAACCAAACCAUUCAAGAGAGCAACGCCUUAGGGGAAAUAUCUUUCAAGUUUCUGGGUGCUGUGGCAGUUUUAUUGGGUUUGAGUGUAUUACCGUUUGUUCACAAGUUGAAUGCCGCUUUAACUGUGCUGCUUGCUGUUACUUGUGCCAUUAGCAGUUUUGCGACCUUAGUUGGCCCGGUUUUCGAUUAUCAGCAUCCAUUGAAACUGCGUUUUGUUCAACAGGUCACGCGAGCCGGAGAGACUCAAGUCAAGGUAUUUGGAAAGCAUGGCUUUAUUGAGCCAGUUAUAAAUGAUCUCCCUUCUGUGAAACAGCUCAAACGCAACUACACAUGUACAGAACUUUCUGAUGGUAAUGGACAAUGUGUUUACGACGGACAAAGACCAUGGCUGGUAGACGGUAGUGCAGUUCAAAAUGAGUUUGAGAAUUUGCUAACUGUAAAAGUUUUGAGUGACACUAAUACUGGAAAGACUCGUUACGUUCCGUUUGAUAGUGAUCUUGAGAUAAAGGCCGUUCAGAGUAGACACUGUCUUCUUCUUUUCAAUACAACGACGUUUCAUAGCGGUAAUGGUGUCGACAAAUACAAGAAUGCACCCGUGAAACAAGUGAGUCUCUACCACAAGUUACAAAAUAACACCAGGCCUGAAAUGAAGGAUAAUUUUGCGCUUAGUUUUGUUCCUUCAGGUCAUAGUGUUGAUGAAAAUGGAACAGAUAUUUACAGAUUGAAUCAAGGUAUUGACGAGUUUCUAGUUGACAAGACUGAAUGGAAUCAAGAUACCUUUCACGUUGGAAUCGAAUGGCUCUAUGAUUGGAGUGAGGAAUCUGAUGGAGAUAAAAGAGAUAGAAAUCUCGGGGUCACCGUCAGGUGUUAUUACGGAGAAUACGAUGCCGUUAGCGUAAUUGACGGAGAAGCAAAACGCAAGAUCCCAGCUUUGGAUGAACUACUACAGUACGCACCUGUAGAUGUGGAGAUUUCAAACUUGGAUCGCGGACUGGCGUACCUAGAACAAUAUGUUGAACUUUAA